AUGACUCGUGGUGAAGCGUCUCACUCCAAUCCAGCUCGUCAACCAUCGAAGUCUCAUUCUCCUACAUCUGGUGACGCAGCUCGAUUCGUCAGUCAUCAAUCUACUGUGAUCUCUUCCGCUGAUCGCUUUGAGGUAUCCAACAGUCCUGACAAUAUUCAUUCUCCAUACUACUUGCAUAACUCCGAUCAUCCCGACCUAGUCUUAGUCUCAGAACCCCUAGAUGGAAACAACUAUGGAAUCUGGUUGAUUGCUAUGACAACUAGUCUUGAAGCUAAGAAUAAGCUAGGUUUCUUGGAUGGAUCGAUUGCUAAACCUCUGGAGAAUGAUCAAUAUUUCAAAAUUUGGUGUCGCUGCAAUAGAAUGCUCAAAUCUUGGUUGCUGAAUAGUGUUUCUAAGAAGAUCUACACUAGCAUUCUCUACAUCAAGCAUGCUGCUGAUAUAAGGAAGGAUUUGCAUACUCGCUUUCACAAAUCAAAUCUUCCGCGUCUCUAUAAGCUUCGACAGAUUCAUUCAUUGCGUCAGGGGAGUUUGGAUCUCUCAUCCUAUCACAUACAAACGCAGGCUCUUUGGGAAGAAUUAAUCAGUAUUCAACCACCUGCAUCUACUGUUGAAGAGUUCUUGGCUGAGAAAGAAACUAACUGUGUCAUUGAUUUUCUUAUGGGAUUGAAUGAAAGCUAUGCGAGUAUUCGCAGUAGGAUAUUAAUGAAGAAAACUCCCCCUUCUCUAUCAGAGGUGUUUAAUCUUCUUGACCAUGAGGAUAGUCAAAGGGAUGCCUCUGUCCUGAAUUCUCCGGAUCUCUCUACAACGUCUUUUCAUGUAUCUCAAUCUUCAGGACAUGGUGCUCUUACGCAAUCUCAGUCCUCUUCUUCAUCUUCUAGUGGACCAUCUGGGGGAUAUAUCAGGAAAGAUAGACCAUAUUGUACUCACUGCCAUCGUGUUGGGCAUGUUGUUGACAAGUGUUACAAGAAACAUGGUUAUCCUAACAGCUUCAAGCCUAAUCAGAGGAAUGAUAAGAUCUCUAUUCCAGUUACUGCUAAUGUAACAGUUGAAAAAGCUGGAAUAGAGAUCUUAUCCUAA